UCUACAUCUGAGAAUGACAUAUUCAAUAUUAAUGAAAAGAAACACGAGGGAAAUCAAGUGGAUGACGACAAUGGAGCCCGACAGAGUAUAGAACAUGUUGACAAACUUAGCAUCAGGGGUAACUACAGAAACUGUUAUGGAGACUGGAUGGAGGAAGAGAUUAGAAUAGUGUUGAUCGGUAAAACUGGGAGUGGGAAAAGUGCAACAGGUAACACCAUUCUCGGGGAAAAAAUGUUUCGAUCAUCUGUUUGGGCGUCAUCACAGAGAAACAAGUGUUUCAUACAACACACAGUUCGAUUCGGCCGAAAAAUUAUAAUUGUUGAUACACCUGGCGUUUUUGACACAAAACAAUCGAAUGAAAACAUCCAGCACGAAAUUGCAAAAUGCAUAGGCAUGACAUCGCCCGGUCCCCACGCUUUUAUUAUGGUACUAAGCAUUUCCAGAUACACAGAGGAAGAACACAAAUCUGUUAUGCACUUUGUCAACCACUUUGGUGAAAACGUCUUCAAGUAUUUCAUUGUUCUUUUUACACGAAAAGAUGCACUUGAAGAGGAAAACGUAUCUUUACAGGACUAUAUCAAAACCGUUCCUCCACAUUUGAUCAGAUUUAUUGAGAAGAGUGGUGGAAGAACCAUUGCAUUCAACAAUAGACUGAAUGGAGAAGAAAUGGAUACACAAGCUGUUGAGUUAUUGUCGAUGAUCUUGGACAAUGUAAAGUACAAUGAGGGCAAGUGUUACACAAAUGAAAUGUAUCUCGAAGCUGAAAAGCUUAUGAAGGAAAAGAAAGAGGCGGAUCUAAAAAUGGCGAAAGAAGAACAAGAUAAAGAACUCAAAGCAAUUGAAAAGAAACUAGCUGAAAAGUAUGAAGCAAAGUUUGCUCAAGAACAAGAAAGGCUAUCUAAAACACAAUCGCAUCUCGAGGAGCUGAUAAGAAAGCAUGAGCAAGACAAGGAACAAUCGCAGGAACUUAAACAGAAGAUCAAAGAAUUAGAAAAGAAUCGAAAAGAUAGCAAAGGGGAGAAUAAAGAAAAGUUUAAACAAACAUUAGAAACCCUACAACAGGAACUGCUCAACAAAAAGGCUGUAAGAGAAAGAGAAGCACACGAAAUCAAAGAACUGCAAAAACUUAAUGAAAAAAAAAGAAAAAUUCAAGAAGAUUUAAAAAAAGUGCAGGAAGAAGAGCGGAAAAGAUUGGCCAAAGAAAUAGACGAGAGAUUCCGGAAAGCACAAGAAAACUUACGGGACAAAUAUAGGGUGGAAAUUGAACAAGAAAAAGGCUUUUACACGAUAAUGAAAGAUACGAUUGUCUCUGGCGUUGCGAAUUUGAAUCCCUUUAGCUGGUUUUCCUGAAUGAAAAAUAGCCAUACCAGGCACAUUGAAUUUGUAUAUGUCUUGCUCUAAAUUGUACAUUUAGUGUAUCUUUUGAAUAUAUACACAAUAUUUAAUUAAGGACUUGUACCCAGGAUAUGUUUGGCAUGCCCGCAAAAGAAAUAUUCCGAGUACAUAUACAAUAAUUAUUAACAUAGAAUAUGCUUUCUUUCGAGUUUAAUUGUUGUGGAUGAAACAACAAACAAAAUAAAACAACAACGAUAAACAAAAAGGGAAGAAAAAACAACACACACACACACACACACACACACACACACACAAAGGGACCAGUGCAUCGUAAGUUAACAAAGACGAAAGAAACACUUCACAGGAAUUUCUAAUUGCAAUUGAUGAAUUACUGGGAACAAAAUCAAUCAAACUUCUUCCAGCGAUAUGUAAACGUUUUCUAAAAGUAAUAAAGAGACAAACAAUUCAGAGAAAUGAAGCAAAAUUAACUUUUUUCGAUCUGUACCCUGAAAAUGUUGAAAUUAGACAGGAAGAGGAUGAUAUGAUUUUCAUGAAACUUUUGCCAUAUAGCAAAAGAAAACAAAUCCAACAUAUAAAGAUUGGGAAAAUAAUCUGAGAGAAAAAGAUAAAAACCACAAAAAUGUUUCGAUAAAGAUAUUUCCAAAUACAUCUACUGCUUGUAGUGAAAGCAGAUUCUCACAGAAUUGAGCACUGUUAGUUGUGCUUUUUUAUCACUGUCGUGUAUCGGCGCCGGUUAUGAAGUGUUUGGACAAAGUGAAUAUAGCGAUAAAUGAAGUACAGUACAUGAUGUGUGUAUGCUGUGCAGGUUGAGAUUACAGUAGAUAUAAUGUUAAAUAUUCGAAAUGUCAUCAUCUUCUUAUUAUUUUAAUGAAAUUGGCGCGUGUUUAUUUUGUUAAUAAGCCCUGGUCACACAGUCACAAGUUGGUGCAACGAGUGCUGGAUAAUUAUUACUAACCACAACUCUUUAGGUGUCGCAUAAGACUCGAACAUAUAUCUGUGCAUGUCAAAGAAAUAUAUCUUCAUCUCACCAGUACUCGGCA